GGAGGCUCGCUGGGGCUCCACUCCCCGCGGGAGCUAUUGUUGGUCUCGUCGGAGCUGAGCGCAGAACCCGGACCUGCACCUUCUUGGGCACCUCUAUCCGGCUCGUGAAGCGGUGGAACCAGCAGCGCAGUGCCUUGCCUCCCCGCCAUCCUCGUCCCCGCUUCCCCGGCGGUGGCAGCCUGCAGUCACGAUGGACAAUCUGAGCCUGAGAGAGGGCUAGCGAUUUCUCGGACCCUUGGGCAGUAGAAAGCACAUUGCCCUGUCCUCCGGGAUCCGAUGGCCUUGGAGAGGGGGCUGCAGGGCCUGCGGACACCAACUCUUCCCAAAGUGCUGACAUGGAGCCAGACCGCUCGGCCCUGAGUGCGGCAAGGGCCCAAUUCGUGGAUGUGGAAGAGCGUGGGCCGGAGGCCAUGGACGUGAAGGAGAGGAAGCCCUACCGUUCGCUGACCCGGCGCCGCGAUGCUGAGCGCCGCUACACCAGCUCGUCGGCAGACAGCGAGGAGGGCAAGGCCCCGCAGAAGUCCUACAGCUCCAGUGAGACCCUGAAGGCCUAUGACCAGGAUGCCCGCCUAGCCUAUGGCAGCCGCGUCAAGGACAUGGUACCCCAAGAGGCCGAGGAGUUCUGCCGCGCGGGCACCAACUUCACCCUGCGUGAGCUGGGGCUCGGGGAGAUGACACCCCCUCAUGGGACCCUCUACCGGACAGACAUCGGCCUCCCUCACUGUGGCUAUUCCAUGGGGGCCAGCUCCGAGGCAGACCUGGAAGCCGACACUGUACUGUCCCCUGAGCACCCAGUGCGCCUGUGGGGUCGGAGCACACGGUCAGGACGCAGCUCCUGCCUGUCCAGCCGGGCCAACUCCAACCUCACGCUCACAGACACGGAGCACGAGAACACGGAGACUGAUCACCCCAGCGGCCUGCAGAACCACCCUCGGCUCCGGACGCCACCGCCACCACUCCCCCACGCCCAUACCCCCAACCAGCACCAUGCGGCCUCCAUCAACUCCUUGAACAGGGGCAACUUCACCCCCAGGAGCAACCCCAGCCCGGCACCCACAGACCACUCACUCUCCGGGGAGCCCCCGGCAGGCAGCGCACAGGAGCCAACCCAUGCCCAGGACAACUGGCUGCUCAACAGUAACAUCCCACUGGAGACCAGAAACCUAGGCAAGCAGCCAUUCCUAGGGACAUUGCAGGACAACCUCAUUGAGAUGGACAUUCUCAGCGCCUCCCGCCAUGAUGGGGCUUACAGUGACGGGCACUUCCUCUUCAAGCCAGGAGGCACCUCCCCGCUCUUCUGCACCACAUCCCCAGGGUACCCCCUGACGUCUAGCACCGUGUACUCGCCCCCACCCCGGCCCCUGCCCCGCAGCACCUUCUCCCGGCCGGCCUUUAACCUCAAGAAGCCCUCCAAGUAUUGCAACUGGAAGUGUGCCGCCCUGAGCGCCAUCGUCAUCUCGGCUACCCUGGUCAUCCUGCUCGCGUACUUUGUGGCCAUGCACCUGUUUGGCCUAAACUGGCACCUGCAGCCGAUGGAGGGGCAGAUGUAUGAGAUCACGGAGGACACAGCCAGCAGUUGGCCUGUGCCAACGGACGUCUCCCUGUAUCCCUCGGGGGGCACUGGCUUAGAGAACCCUGACAGGAAAGGCAAAGGAGCCACGGAAGGAAAGCCAAGUAGUUUCUUUCCAGAGGACAGCUUCAUAGAUUCUGGAGAAAUCGAUGUGGGGAGACGGGCUUCCCAGAAGAUUCCGCCCGGGACGUUCUGGAGGUCUCAAGUGUUCAUCGACCACCCCGUUCACCUCAAGUUCAACGUGUCCUUGGGGAAGGCAGCUCUAGUGGGCAUUUACGGCAGAAAAGGCCUCCCUCCUUCCCAUACUCAGUUUGACUUUGUGGAGCUACUGGAUGGACGAAGGCUCCUAACCCAGGAGGCAAGGAGCCUGGAGGGUCCCCAGCGCCAGUCACGGGGUGCUGUCCCCCCAGCCAGCCAUGAGACCGGUUUCAUCCAGUACCUGGAUUCGGGGAUCUGGCACCUGGCCUUUUACAACGAUGGAAAGGAGUCUGAAGUGGUUUCCUUUCUCACCACCACCAUUGAAUCAGUGGAUAACUGCCCCAGCAACUGCUAUGGUAAUGGCGACUGUAUCUCCGGGACCUGCCACUGCUUCCUGGGUUUUCUGGGCCCUGACUGUGGCCGAGCCUCCUGUCCCGUGCUGUGCAGCGGGAAUGGCCAGUACAUGAAGGGCAGGUGCCUGUGCCACAGCGGCUGGAAGGGAGCUGAGUGCGACGUGCCCACCAACCAAUGCAUCGACGUGGCCUGCAGCAGCCACGGCACCUGCAUCAUGGGCACCUGCAUCUGCAACCCCGGCUACAAGGGAGAGAGCUGCGAGGAAGUGGACUGCAUGGACCCCACAUGUUCCAGCCGGGGUGUCUGCGUGAGAGGCGAAUGCCACUGCUCUGUGGGAUGGGGAGGCACCAACUGCGAGACACCCAGGGCCACGUGCUUGGACCAGUGCUCAGGCCACGGAACCUUCCUCUCAGACACCGGGCUUUGCAACUGCGACCCAAGCUGGACUGGACACGACUGCUCCAUUGAGAUCUGUGCUGCUGACUGCGGUGGCCACGGCGUCUGCGUAGGAGGCACCUGCCGCUGUGAGGAUGGCUGGAUGGGGGCCGCAUGCGACCAACGGGCCUGCCACCCUCGCUGUGCGGAACAUGGGACCUGCAGGGAUGGCAAGUGUGAAUGCAGCCCCGGCUGGAACGGCGAACACUGCACCAUCGCUCACUAUCUGGAUAGGGUAGUUAAAGAGGGCUGUCCUGGCUUGUGCAAUGGAAAUGGCAGAUGUACCCUGGACCUGAAUGGGUGGCACUGUGUGUGCCAGCUGGGCUGGAGAGGAGCCGGAUGUGACACGUCCAUGGAAACCGCCUGUGGGGACAGCAAAGACAACGAUGGAGAUGGCUUGGUGGACUGCAUGGACCCCGACUGCUGCCUCCAGCCCCUCUGUCACGUCAACCCGCUGUGCCUGGGCUCCCCCGAUCCUCUGGACAUCAUCCAAGAGACCCAGGCCCCCAUACCCCAGCAGAACCUGCAAUCCUUCUACGACCGCGUCAAGUUCCUCGUGGGCAGGGACAGCACACACGUCAUCCCCGGGGAGAACCCCUUUGAUGGAGGGCAUGCAUGUGUUAUCCGUGGACAAGUGAUGACAUCAGAUGGGACCCCGCUGGUUGGCGUGAACAUCAGUUUCAUCAAUAACCCUCUCUUUGGGUACACAAUCAGCAGGCAAGAUGGCAGCUUUGACCUGGUCACGAACGGCGGCAUCUCCAUCAUCCUGAAAUUCGAAAGGGCACCCUUCAUCACGCAAGAGCAUACCCUCUGGCUGCCCUGGGACCGCUUCUUUGUCAUGGAAACCAUCGUCAUGAGGCACGAGGAGAACGAGAUUCCCAGCUGUGACCUGAGCAACUUCGCCCGCCCCAACCCCGUGGUGUCUCCAUCCCCCCUGACGUCCUUCGCGAGUUCCUGUGCUGAGAAAGGCCCCAUUGUCCCAGAAAUCCAGGCCCUGCAAGAGGAAAUCACCAUUGCAGGCUGCAAGAUGAGGCUGAGCUAUCUGAGCAGCCGCACGCCUGGCUACAAGUCUGUCCUGAGGAUCAGCCUCACACACCCCACCAUCCCCUUCAACCUUAUGAAGGUCCACCUCAUGGUGGCAGUUGAGGGCCGCCUCUUCCGGAAGUGGUUUGCUGCAGCCCCUGACCUGUCCUAUUACUUCAUCUGGGACAAGACAGAUGUCUACAACCAGAAGGUGUUUGGGCUGUCAGAGGCCUUCGUUUCCGUGGGUUACGAAUAUGAAUCCUGCCCAGAUCUGAUCCUGUGGGAGAAAAGGACGGCAGUGUUACAGGGCUAUGAGAUCGAUGCCUCCAAGCUGGGGGGCUGGAGCCUGGAUAAGCACCAUGCCCUGAACAUCCAGAGCGGCAUCCUACACAAAGGGAACGGAGAGAACCAGUUCGUGUCCCAGCAGCCACCGGUCAUUGGCAGUGUCAUGGGCAAUGGGCGCAGGAGGAGCAUCUCCUGCCCCAGCUGCAAUGGGCUUGCUGAUGGCAACAAGCUCUUGGCCCCCGUGGCCCUUGCCUGUGGCUCUGACGGGAGUCUCUAUGUGGGAGACUUCAAUUACAUCCGCAGGAUCUUCCCUUCUGGAAAUGUCACCAACAUCCUGGAGAUGAGAAAUAAAGAUUUCAGACAUAGCCACAGCCCAGCACACAAAUACUACCUGGCUACAGAUCCCAUGAGCGGGGCCGUCUUCCUGUCUGACACCAACAGCCGGCGGGUCUUCAGGAUCAAGUCCACCACAGUGGUGAAGGACCUGGUCAAGAACUCCGAGGUGGUGGCGGGGACUGGGGACCAGUGUCUCCCCUUUGAUGACACUCGCUGCGGAGAUGGCGGGAAAGCCACAGAAGCCACGCUCACUAAUCCCAGGGGAAUUACAGUGGACAAGUUUGGGCUCAUUUACUUCGUGGAUGGCACAAUGAUCCGACGUGUCGAUCAGAACGGGAUCAUCUCCACCUUGCUGGGCUCCAAUGACCUCACCUCCGCCAGGCCCCUCAGCUGCGACUCUGUCAUGGAUAUUUCUCAGGUUCGCCUGGAGUGGCCCACAGACUUAGCCAUCAACCCAAUGGACAACUCCCUCUACGUCCUUGACAACAACGUGGUCCUGCAAAUCUCCGAAAACCACCAGGUGCGCAUUGUCGCCGGGAGGCCCAUGCACUGCCAGGUCCCUGGCAUCGACCACUUCCUGCUGAGCAAGGUGGCCAUCCACGCCACCCUGGAGUCAGCCACGGCUUUAGCUGUCUCGCACAACGGGGUCCUGUACAUCGCCGAGACAGAUGAGAAAAAGAUCAACCGCAUCAGGCAGGUCACCACGAGCGGUGAGAUCUCCUUGGUCGCCGGUGCCCCCAGCGGCUGCGACUGUAAAAACGAUGCCAACUGUGAUUGCUUCUCUGGCGAUGAUGGCUACGCCAAGGAUGCCAAGCUGAACACCCCCUCUUCCUUGGCUGUGUGUGCUGACGGGGAGCUCUACGUGGCUGACCUUGGAAACAUCCGGAUCCGAUUCAUCCGGAAGAACAAGCCUUUCCUCAACACCCAGAACAUGUACGAGCUGUCCUCCCCCAUCGACCAGGAGCUGUACCUCUUUGACACCAGUGGUAAACAUCUGUACACCCAGAGCCUGCCGACGGGAGACUACCUGUACAACUUCACCUACACAGGGGACGGUGACAUCACACACAUCACCGACAACAACGGCAACAUGGUGAACGUCCGCCGGGAUUCUACCGGAAUGCCCCUCUGGCUGGUAGUCCCAGAUGGCCAGGUCUACUGGGUGACCAUGGGCACCAACAGUGCACUCAGAAGCGUCACCACGCAAGGACACGAGCUGGCUAUGAUGACAUACCAUGGCAACUCCGGCCUCUUGGCGACCAAGAGCAAUGAAAACGGGUGGACUACGUUUUACGAGUAUGACACCUUUGGUCGCCUGACCAACGUGACCUUUCCAACUGGCCAGGUGAGCAGUUUCCGGAGCGACACAGACAGCUCCGUGCACGUGCAGGUAGAGACCUCCAGCAAGGAUGAUGUCACCAUAACCACCAACCUGUCUGCCUCGGGUGCCUUCUACACCCUGUUGCAAGACCAAGUCCGGAACAGCUACUACAUCGGGGCUGAUGGCUCCCUGCGGCUACUGCUAGCCAACGGCAUGGAAGUGGCCCUGCAGACCGAGCCACACCUGCUGGCUGGCACCGUCAACCCCACUGUGGGCAAGAGGAACGUCACACUGCCCAUCGACAAUGGCCUCAACCUGGUGGAAUGGCGGCAGCGCAAGGAGCAGGCUCGCGGGCAGGUCACAGUCUUCGGGCGCCGUCUGCGGGUUCACAACCGAAACCUCCUGUCUCUGGACUUUGACCGUGUCACACGCACAGAGAAGAUCUACGAUGACCACCGCAAGUUCACCCUCCGGAUCCUGUACGACCAGGCAGGGAGGCCAAGCCUCUGGUCGCCUAGCAGCAGGCUGAAUGGGGUUAAUGUGACCUACUCCCCUGGGGGUCACAUUGCCGGAAUCCAAAGGGGCAUCAUGUCUGAGAGGAUGGAAUAUGAUCAGGCAGGGCGCAUCACGUCCCGGAUCUUUGCAGAUGGGAAGAUGUGGAGCUACACAUACUUAGAGAAGUCCAUGGUGCUUCACCUCCACAGCCAGAGGCAGUACAUCUUCGAGUUUGACAAGAACGACCGCCUCUCUUCCGUGACCAUGCCCAACGUAGCCAGGCAGACGCUGGAAACCAUCCGCUCGGUGGGCUACUACAGAAACAUCUACCAGCCCCCGGAAGGCAACGCCUCCGUCAUUCAGGACUUCACCGAGGACGGGCACCUACUGCACACCUUCUACCUGGGCACUGGCCGCAGGGUGGUCUACAAGUACGGCAAGCUGUCGAAGCUGGCCGAGACUCUGUAUGACACCACCAAGGUGAGCUUCACCUACGACGAAACGGCGGGCAUGCUGAAGACCGUCAACCUCCAGAGCGAGGGCUUUACCUGCACGAUCCGCUACCGUCAGAUCGGGCCCCUCAUCGACCGCCAGAUCUUCCGGUUCACAGAGGAAGGCAUGGUCAACGCCCGUUUCGAUUACAACUACGACAACAGCUUCCGCGUGACCAGCAUGCAGGCUGUGAUCAACGAGACCCCACUGCCCAUCGAUCUGUACCGCUAUGAUGAUGUGUCAGGGAAGACGGAACAGUUUGGGAAGUUCGGUGUCAUCUACUACGACAUCAACCAGAUCAUCACCACAGCCGUCAUGACCCACACCAAGCAUUUCGACGCUUACGGCAGGAUGAAGGAAGUACAGUACGAGAUCUUCCGGUCCCUCAUGUACUGGAUGACCGUCCAGUACGACAACAUGGGGCGGGUAGUGAAGAAGGAGCUGAAGGUGGGACCCUACGCCAACACCACCCGUUACUCGUACGAGUACGAUGCCGACGGCCAGCUGCAGACAGUCUCCAUCAACGACAAGCCUCUCUGGCGCUACAGCUAUGACCUCAAUGGGAACCUGCACCUGCUGAGCCCCGGGAACAGCGCCCGGCUCACGCCACUACGGUACGACCUCCGUGACCGUAUCACGAGGCUGGGUGAUGUGCAGUACAAGGUGGAUGAGGACGGCUUCCUGAGGCAGCGGGGUGGGGAUGUCUUCGAAUACAAUUCGGCGGGCCUGCUCAUCAAAGCCUACAACCGGGCCGGUGGCUGGAGUGUCAGGUACCGCUACGACGGCCUGGGGCGGCGCGUGUCCAGCAAGAGCAGCCACAGUCAUCACCUGCAGUUCUUCUACGCGGACCUGACCAACCCCACCAAGGUCACCCACCUCUACAACCACUCCAGCUCCGAGAUCACAUCCCUCUACUACGACCUGCAAGGACACCUCUUCGCCAUGGAGCUGAGCAGCGGCGACGAGUUUUACAUCGCCUGCGACAACAUCGGGACCCCUCUCGCGGUCUUCAGUGGAACCGGCCUGAUGAUAAAGCAGAUCCUCUACACAGCCUACGGGGAGAUCUACAUGGACACAAACCCCAACUUCCAGAUCAUCAUCGGCUACCACGGCGGCCUCUACGACCCACUCACCAAGCUCGUCCACAUGGGCCGGCGCGAUUACGAUGUGCUGGCCGGACGCUGGACGAGCCCAGACCAUGACCUCUGGAAACGCCUGAGUAGCAGCAGCAUUGUGCCUUUUCACCUCUACAUGUUCAAGAACAACAACCCCAUCAGCAACUCUCAGGACAUCAAGUGCUUCAUGACAGAUGUCAACAGCUGGCUGCUCACCUUUGGAUUCCAGCUACACAACGUGAUACCUGGCUAUCCCAAACCAGACACCGAUGCCAUGGAGCCGUCCUACGAGCUCGUGCACACACAGAUGAAAACUCAGGAAUGGGACAACAGCAAGUCUAUCCUUGGGGUACAAUGUGAAGUCCAGAAGCAACUCAAGGCCUUCGUUACCUUAGAACGCUUUGACCAGCUUUAUGGCUCCACCAUCACCAGCUGCCAGCAGGCCCCAGAGACAAAGAAGUUUGCCUCCAAUGGUUCCAUCUUUGGCAAGGGGGUCAAGUUUGCCUUGAAAGAUGGCCGCGUAACCACAGACAUCAUCAGCGUGGCCAAUGAGGACGGGCGGAGGAUUGCGGCCAUCUUGAACAAUGCCCACUAUCUAGAGAACCUUCACUUCACCAUUGACGGGGUGGACACCCACUACUUUGUGAAACCAGGACCUUCGGAAGGCGACCUGGCCAUCCUGGGCCUCAGUGGGGGGCGGCGAACUCUGGAGAACGGGGUCAACGUCACGGUGUCCCAGAUCAACACCAUGCUCAGUGGCAGGACUAGACGCUACACUGACAUCCAGCUGCAAUACAGGGCACUGUGCCUGAACACCCGCUACGGGACAACCGUGGAUGAGGAGAAGGCGCGGGUGCUGGAGCUGGCCAGGCAGAGAGCUGUACGCCAGGCUUGGGCCCGGGAGCAGCAAAGACUGCGGGAAGGAGAGGAAGGCCUGCGGGCCUGGACAGAGGGGGAGAGGCAGCAGGUGCUGAACACAGGGCGGGUGCAGGGCUAUGACGGCUUCUUUGUCACCUCCGUCGAGCAGUACCCAGAACUGUCGGACAGCGCCAACAAUAUCCACUUCAUGAGACAGAGCGAGAUGGGCCGAAGGUGACAGAGAGGGCCAAGGCCCGGACUUCUUGCCAAAGACAGCUAUCCUUCUGUGUCCGUAUACCUGACUGUGUUGUACUUAACAAAAAAAAAAACAAAAACUUUUUUUUAACAAGUGCAGAAAACAAAACAGAAAGAUAAUGGUUGCAUUGUUAAUUCAUGCAACUUUUUUUUUUAAAGAAAAACACAAAUUUGGCCUUCACACAUUUUUUUUUUUUUGCAAAGAAUGGAAGUUAUUUUUCCUGUAGUGUGACCACAAUGAUGACUUGAUUGUCUUUUGUUCCCCUUUUCCCUGAGGAAUUUUCCCUGUUGUUUGGGGUACAUUUCUCCUCUCUUUGGGGUACACAUCGCCUUGGGUGUGUCCUCACCCAUCCCUAGGUACCCAGUGUGAUGUGAGACACGAGUGUCUGUGCUAACUUGUCUCAUGUGUAACCCUUUCUUCUUUGACUGGAGUUGGGUGGAAGUGAGGGGUGCAGAGAGGAACGGGCUUGUGGGACCUCAGGAACUUUGGUUAGGCUCCCACAGAAAGUGGUGAGCUUCUCUCCACCAUGCUUUGUAUCUCCUGAGGGCCCACAUCAUGCUCUGGGAAGGUCCAUGGUGUCGUUCAGCCAGCACCUCGCCAGGCCACCCCAGACUCCCGCCCCAGCAUUGUAUUUUGAUGCUAAAUGAACACCCCCACUCUCCCUUUUGCAAGUCUCUAGUGUAGCUGUCAGUGCCACCCCCACCCCCAUAACAAAACAGAGAAGGUGUCUCCUAGGUUCUCUCCCCAGUCUGGUGAUAUAACAUCCUGGGGCUGCGAGCCCCAUCCUUCCCAAGAGACGAGAGCACCAGGAUGUCGGUGAGUGGUUGACCUUCCACGAUGCCCCUCGCUCAUCUUCCUCCUCUCUCCCAAAGUCAGACUUAAGAACCAGCACCGCGCAGCAAGCCCUCAAAGUCCAGGGAAGGCAAGGAAGCCCUGUCCCUUCCAGUGCUCAGCUGCUGCCACUGAGAAUCAGGAGUGUGGCAAGAGAUGCCCGGUGGCCUUUGAUCCUGGAAAGAUGCAUAGGAAAUGCAAAGUCAGCCAAAGAAAGGAGUCAGCAAAGGCAUGAGCCAGGGAUCCUUCUAGCUGGCUCCUGGCCUCUUUUCUGCCUCCCCUCUACGGUCUAUUCCCAGAGGCUCCAGAGUCCCAGAGCCUGGAUUUCAGGAAACCCCUUCUGCAGAGUUUCUUCACUAGAGAACCCCAACCAGGAUUGGUUUUGGUUUGGGUUUUAAAUAAGAGGAAAGAGAUUGUUUGGUAUGGCUUGUCGGUGUCCUGCAGCCCCACUGGGAUCAGGGAUGGUGGGGCCAAAGGCUGGUGCCCGCGGAUCCCAAAGGCCAGGCUAGCAUUGUUCCCGUGGAGACCUCUGCACAUAGCUAGCACAUGUCAUCUUGAAGAGGCUAGGCACAGGCACAGCCAGUGUUGAGGGGCUGCCCAGAGGGAGGCAGCAGCCAGCAGGCCAGGGGAGGUAUGAGCUCACUGGAGAAUUCCUUUUGUGGUCUGUCUGCCUGGAUCCCAUGGUCAUUAGCACUCACAGGAGGCUCUGGGAGAUGGGGGCAGGGGAGUGGGGAGCCAAAUGCUUCCUUUUGAGCUGGGCUUCUUAGAAAAUGGGACUUUUAUGGGUUACAUUUACAUUAAGUGUGGAAAAUGAAUUCUGAGUCUAAGCUAUUCCCCAUGGAAACCUUGUUGGACUGAUAAGCUCAUGGCACCUUUAUAGCCUUAUGGAGUCUUCAGAAACAUGACAUGAGUUAAUGAAACCGAGAAGGUCUCUUACUGCAUGAGAAUCGGAGCCAUGUGGAGUCUGGGUUCUGCCUGGCAGAGGGAGGCACCCAAAGCUUCUCCAGGAGGGGAGAUCUCGCCUUACCUUGUCCCACUGGGAUUAGAGGAUGUGUUUCGCUAAGUGCUCUUCCUGAUUCAAAAAAAAAAUGCCACGCUGCUGCCACAGUGUGUCCCGGCCCGCCCUGUCCAUUGGUGACCACAGUAUGUCAUGGCCUGCCCUGUCCACUGGUCACCACAGUGUGUCCCGGCCCGCCCUGUCCACUGAUCACCACAGUAUGUCAUGGCCUGCCCUGUCCACUGGUCACCACAGUGUGUCCCGGCCUGCCCUGUCCAUUGGUGACCACAGUAUGUCAUGGCCUGCCCUGUCCACUGGUCACCACAGUGUGUCCCGGCCCGCCCUGUCCAUUGGUGACCACAGUAUGUCAUGGCCUGCCCUGUCCACUGGUCACCACAGUGUGUCCCGGCCCGCCCUGUCCAUUGGUGACCACAGUAUGUCAUGGCCUGCCCUGUCCACUGGUCACCACAGUGUGUCCCGGCCUGCCCUGUCCAUUGGUGACCACAGUAUGUCUUGGCCUGCCCUGUCCACUGGUCACCACAGUGUGUCCCGGCCCGCCCUGUCCACUGGUCACCACAGUGUGUCACAGCCCUCUUCGUCCACUGGUUGUUCAUUACCUCUGGAUGAGAGCUCUGCCAGGUUAGAUCCGAUGCUCCCUCAGGUCCACUGUACCCAGCGUGAGCUGCUAAUGGGGACUGGUAUGAUUGUUCUUGGAUGGGAUAGAAAAUAGUUUGACCUGAAAAACCACAAUUCUUUUCGUAUCCAAAAGACUUAACGCCUCUCAAAAUGUACUUUUGCUGUAAGGAUCCUUUGGGCAGAGUUGCCCUGUGAGUUGGCCUAGUUGAUCUAUCCCAGACUGGCUGCCUGACAUUGGCUAAGAUCUGCUGGGGACAUUUACUUGUAAGCCAGAGACAGCAUGUGACCCAAGGGAACCAUCUCCUUGUACCUAUCCAGCCUGUCUUCCUCCCCCACUGCCUUCCUCCCUCAAAGAAGAGCAGUAAACAAGAUGAAUCACUGGGGGUCCUUUUUAAAAACAAAACAAAACAAAGGAAUGACCCAGUAUUCUUCCUGGGUUCCAUCCCAGAAAGAGUACCUAGCUUCUACAAGGGAAACAAGCAUCCUGAGCUACAAAGGAAUUAAUUCAGCAGCAGGCUUGACAAACACACGCCUCUACUUUAUGCUGGGCACUCUGGCCUGGGCCCCUUUAGGUUGGAUUCCACCUCCCAGGUGUGUUUGGAGGCCUAUGCCACAGCUCCUUUCGCCUAUGUCGGAGGUUCUGAGUAUUAAAUGUCUUCCUAGACAGCACCUGUCUUUUGGGCACCAACUACAUCUGUCUACUUGAUAGAGUGACCAGGUCUUCCUCUCUGGUUCACACUUGCGAUUCUAAAGGGUGGUAGCUUCUGAACCUCUAAGAUCUGUUUCAAGUAGUCCGUGCCUCCUCUACCCUCCAUAGCUACCAACCUCAGUCCCUCCUCCAUGACCUUAACCAAGACUUUCUCAAUCCCCAAUUUUGUCUUCUAUACCCCAAGAUCCACCCCCCCUUACAACCAUCUCCCAUACAAGCAUCACUGGAGGGUACAGGGGCAAUAUUGACUCCGUGGUAAACCACACCUUAGCCUCUGACACUGGGCUCAAAAUCGCUGGUGGAGAAUUAGCCCAAGGUCCACGCUGGUGCCUGACUCUCCUGAGGGAUACGAGGUCUGACAGACACCCUAGGAAGCUAGUGGAGAUGGAGACUGGACAAGUGCCUGCAGAUAACAGAGAGGGCACUGGGCGGGGCUUGGAUGACGGAGAAGCCUAAGAGAGCUGAGUUACCUGGGCAGGGCUUUCUAGGCACAGAGCAAGGGAAGAAGAAGGAGCCUUUCAGCUGUGACUUCUCAGCUGCUGCCUUUCCAGGCAAGGUUUGCAAUGUGACAUCUUAGAAUACCAGUAGCUUUGCCAUUUGCAGCCCUGGCAUUUCUGGUGGCCUCUUGGUGAGAGCAGUGACACCAGGUUUUGUACCCGGGAAGAUGAGCUUGCUGGAUUUCAGCAGGUUGCUAGGCUUUGGGACUCGAUCACCCAUCACACAAAGAUGAGAAUUCUCUUCAUCCUUCACAGCGACCACCCAGCCUAAGAGGUGGCUCCCGAUCCUGGGGAUGGGAGGUCCCUGAAAGACCCAGCAUCUCCUUUCUCCUGGGAUCCUCAUCAGGACUAAAAGCCCUCCAUGUGAGGCAUGUCAUCCCCAGCUAGGUCCAAACCAUUGUCUCUAUUUUGUGAGAGGUGAAGGAUGUGGGGGGGGGGGGGGGGAAGCACUCUGCCGUGCAAGGCCUUUUUAUUUAGCCUUCCCAGAACAGCAAACUCAUUUUAAAGACUCAUUGCUCAGGUGACAGAGAGAAACUUUAACCUCUCCAACCUUUUCAUUCUCAAAAACCAGCCUUGUGUACUUGACUGCCCUGAACAGUGGUGCGCUCUGAGAUGUCUCGGUGUUGUGGAAGAUCCAAGGCAGGAAGGCUUAAGAUGGGGAACCUCGUGUUCCAUUUGGGAGGCCCUGGCGGGGCCCUGUGUUGUGUUUCUUACCCUCUGGGGAAUGCCAAAGGCACAAGACUGGGCUACUUCCUGGUCCCUAAGAAAAAUGUGAUUGAUCCUAAGGGCAGACAUUUGAGGGAUAACUGCCCAUGGGCAGGCUCGGCUGUCCCAGCAGAAACAGACCCGCAGAUGUCUGGGGGUCCCCGGCAGCUCUGAUCCACUCACCACCAGAACCCCACUGUUCUAAACGUGCCCGUUGUUCCGAGGACCUCUGAACCCGCAGCUCUGGCAAGCUGCCUCUGGAUGACUGACACUGGAGACUCUGGCCUUACCAUGUGGAAAUGUUUUCCUGAGAUCUGGAACUAAUUUUGAGAAGUUUUUUUUCUCAACACUUUUGUGUUUCUAACACUGUAUUCUUGACUGUGUAAAUACCAACAAGGCUGUAAAUAAAUGCAGAUGUAGAUACCUUCUAGAAAAAGGGGGGGAAAGCAUAAAAAAAGAAAACCAGAAGUGAUCCCGUGUAGCCUUCGUUGACAAAUAAAAGAC